AUGACUUCCGGCAAGCAGGUUUAUCUGCCUACAGAAAUCCUCGUUGAGAUUGCGGAAUAUAUACGGGACUUUCGGGAGGACGGCGAUGUUUCUCAGACAAAUCAUCCAUUUUUGUACCAAACAACACUUUAUAACUUUUGCUUGGUGUCUCGUCGAUGGUACUCCGCCGGAAUCGAAAUGCUGUACUCUCAGCCCGAUAUCACCAGAGGAAACAGCUUCGCACUGUUCACCAGCACAGUGUGCCCGCCUCUUCGUGCAAAGAAACCGAGCAUGGACUUUGGGUCGAUGGUCCGCUUUCUGUGGCUCGAUCGACUUGUACACCACAGCUCUAACAGCCUGACUUCAAGGUUGUUAGGUCGAGUGAAAAAGAACCUUCAGAUUUUCGUUGCCCCAAGAACAUCAUUCUCGAUCAAUAGUCUUGCACCAUUAUCGAAGUGCACGGAGCUCAUCCACCUGCGCCUGGGCCUUGUGAUAGAACCAAUUGAGCUUCCCGUGUUGAAAAAGGCGAUCUCAAAUCUUCACAAGCUAAAGCUGCUUGUUCUUCCGUCCUCAAUGCUGAUCACUGAUGAUCAAUCAGGCCCAAGCUGGCCUUCCAACAUCCAGCACAUGCAGCUGGGUGGGAGAUUUGACCUAGAGUCCAUGCCUACCUUCAGGUGGCCUCCAAAUCUCAAAAGUCUCACAUUCUGUGGAUGCGAGGAGCUUAAUACGUUCACCCUUGAGCUAAUUCUCAUGAACGAACAACUUUGCUCGACCCUGCGUACAUUGUCUCUUCACCCCUCAAAUGGCAAUUUGCUGGGUGCCGAGGAUUCCCCCAUUUUAAGUGGUUUACUCGCGUUGAGACGACUAGAGCUGCCCAUUGAUCUCCUAUACUCAUUACACAUUCUCCCCCCUUCUGAUGAAUACGCCUCGCCGCUCUCAAUUCGGGAACUUAUUCUCAUGGCACCUUAUGAUGACGACUCCGAGCCGACGUUUGAUCUUGAUGAGCUUUACAAGGCCCUAGGGCGGAACCUUUCGCGCGUUUGCGGGCUGGGCAUCUACCAAAAAUGCCUUGGCAUGAUACCAAAGGAAUCUCAUGCCCGAAUUGAUAAGAAGAUAUGGAGGAACAUUGAUGAGUGCCCGGAGAUUGAGCUAGAUUACGUCUACGACCUGGGUCUUUAUGAAAUGGAGACUGAACAAUGCUGA